UGAUCAAAUACGGAGCAUUGCCCCUUUGUUUGUGCCAGCCCAAUGCGAGGAGUGAGCGACGAAUAUUUCGAUGACUUUUAUCCUGACUUCCAUAUGGCCGCUACUGCUAACCGAGUUCCAUUCGAUCAGAAUGAUAAAAAAUAUAAAUGUCUUUGCGGGCAACUACAUAUUAAGAAAGGAGCAAGAAUUGUUGCAAUUCUAGUGAACAUAUUGACCGCUGUUAAUAUCAUCUUCAGUUUUACCAGAAGCUCCACAGUCUUUGUAUAUACUUGUAUGAGCACUGCAUUUUCAAUUGUCAUAUUUGGAAGUCUGCUCUUUGGCGUGUGGAAGGAAAAGCGACUUUAUUUAUAUCCAUAUCUAUUUUUCCAGGUCAUAUCCAUUGCAAUUUCUAUAAUAGUUCUGUUCAUUUUCCUCAUCUCAAUUGCAGUCGGUGCGAGUAUGGUAAUUGAUUUAGCUAGAAACGUUGGAAAUGUCGAUACAGCAAGUGUACAGGAGAAACUUGAUGCUGAUUUGGCACUUUUCACAGUUCUUUUCAUACUGUUCCUUUGCUUGGGAGGGUUGAUUCAAGCGUAUUUUGCUGAGGUGAUCUAUUCUUUCCACAACUUCCUGAAAGACCGCGAGAACUCAUUUUCCUUCCACUUUGAAUCUUAUUCAAAUAGUGCCUUUGGAUCGGAAGCCACUCCAACACCACCACCAACAUAUCCGGAGGCACAAGUCUCUGUAGCAUAAUUUGAUUUAAACUGUAAUGUGCUAUAAUUUGGAUACAUAAAAUUUGCGAUCGAAUAAAGUUAUUUGGGAAU